GGCUUAAGUCCUACAUGGAAACUGAAAGAAGAGAGAGUCUGUUGGUGGUUUCAUUGGAGGAAGAGGAUGAUGGUGAUGUUCUUCCCUGCGUCAGGUCCUAGUAUUAGAAGAUCCGUUGUCACACACAGUCAAGAACCUGCAUCCGUCGUGUUUCAAUCUACACGCCUGCAUUGAGUGCUUCCUAAGACCAAGACACAUGCUUGUGAGAGGAAACCAUCUUCCAACAGCGGGUUCCCUGCUGCCCUGACAGCCCACCCCAAGCUUCAUGGGUUGAACCAACAGAAGUUCGACAAUCUCCUCUCCUCUUCCUCCUCUUCAUCCUCGGUGCAACCCCUCAACACCCACCUCUGUCCGUCCUACAACCCCUCGCUGUCUACUCCCUUUGCCAGUACUACCUUCAGCGCGAUGGCUUGUUGCGCCUCAGGCUUGUUUGGACUCGCAACCGCAGCGUCGCCCUCCGCGACACAGACUUGCCGACGCGGCAGCCAGUAGAGUGAAAGAACCAGAGAGGCAGAGGGGAGGAAAGGGAGAGACCGACUUUCGAAAAACAGCAGCACCACAAGAGAGAGGAGGGCUCAUCUGUCCCAGCAGCAGAGGGAUCCACCUGCCCCACAGAGGAAGGGGGCCCCCCCACCUGAUCCAUCUGGUGGCAGGGGGGGACCCUGCGUGGCCAGGAAGGCAACAGGGACUAUGCAGCUGGGACUGGUGGCGCUGGCAAUGGUCUUCCUCGGCUCCAUGGGUCACAGCGAUGCUCUCAAGCUCUCCAAGACGAGAAGGCAGAGACGGGUUAGUACUGAGGGGCCACCAUCUUGCCCCAAAGGCUGUGACCGAUGCUCUGAGUAUAACGGCUGCAUUAAAUGUCGGCCGAAGCUCUUCAUCUUCUUGGAGCGCAAUGACAUCCGUCAGAUAGGCGUGUGCCUCGCCUCCUGCCCCAUGGGAUACUUUGGUAUGAGGAACCCAGAAGGCAACAACAGAUGCACCCAAUGUAAAAUAGACAAUUGUGAAGCGUGUUUCAAUCGCAAUUUUUGCACAAAAUGUAAGGAGGGCUUGUAUUCACACAGUGGGCGGUGUUAUGUCAGCUGCCCUCCAGGCCAGCGCCCCGCCAAUGAGUCCAUGGAGUGUGUUGGUCAGCGUCCUGAAGAGUGUGAACUGAGCGAGUGGAGUCAAUGGGGUUCCUGUAUGAAGAAGAACAAAACAUGUGGAUUUAAGAAAGGCUCGCAUUCUCGAGCACGCGCACCCAUUCUGCAUGUCCACAGCCCAGUCACCUCCCCGGCCUUUGCACCCUCACAGCCCUGUGCUCCACAGACAGAGAGGAGGAAGUGCACUGUGACCAAGACGCCGUGCGUGCGAGACAGGAAGAGUAAGGCAGGCCGACAAGAUGAUACAAACAGGCGAGAGAGGGAGAACGCACGCGGGCGAGGACGAGAAGGCAAAGAUGGCAGUAGAGGAGGAGGAGGAGGAGGAGGAGGAGGGGGGAAGAGGCGAAAAGGGCAGAGCAGGACCACCAUUGCUCCCAGCAUCGCAACCAGCUCUGUCAGCUAAACUCCAUCACCUGCUGGAUGGGGCUGAGAAAAAACGAGAGACAAACAGAGACAAUGCCUCAUCCAGCAGCACCAGCCAUAGACCACGUGAUGAAGGAAUGGAUUCUUGCUGCUAUGCAUUGUAGGAGAUGCAAAGACAACUGGAGAAUUGCUGCGACACAAAAAGGCUUCGCUGAGCUUUUUGAAUAGAUGAACAUAUCUGGAAGAUACUGGUGUCUGAGUGUUGUUCAGAAAGACUCGAGGAGGUUCACUCCACCGUGAGGGAUCACUGUCGGACUGCAAAGCCUCGAUGAAGACGUGGUCCGUGUCAUGAACGCAACCAUCUCACGUCUCGAAGAACAGAUUCCUGUGCAGCAUCCAAGCUGGAUGUGUCUGAUAAGGAACGACGGGUCUCCGUCGUCUCCGCCGGUCUAUGAUGUACUAUGUUCCAGUCCGAUUUCAAUCACAAUCUGUUCUUCAUUUGUAUUUCAUGUCUGUGAGAAGUAGCAGAUGGAUUUUCCUCAACAGCUGCUUCACGGGAUGUAAAGACAAAGAAUAGUAUGAAGUCUUUGUACCUUUCAUUUCCAUUAUUGUGAGAUGAAACAAAUAAAAGAAAAAGGCACUGGAAGUCAUUUGUGGUUGUUGAGGACAAAAGAUCUUCUCUACAGUGUAUUAUUUCAAAGAGGAAUGUUGUAACAAAAGAAUCCUAAGAGAAGAAUGAAGAGAAUUACUGGCUCGUUUUCUUCUCCGCUGUCUUGACACAAACUUUUGCCAUUCGAUAGCUUAGUUGUUUAAAUGUUGCCAUUUGUAACAGAAAACAAGGAAUAAAAAUAUGAGUAUUUGCAUGUGUACAAGGUUGCUUGUGCGUGCCUUUGUGCAUGCAAACGUGUGUGUCUGUGUGUGCGUUGACCUGAAGUCUGGGUGUUUGGGUACUUUAUAUGCAUUUCUGCACGGAAUCAAGUUGUUUGUCAACGGAUCUUAGUUCUUUGUACAUGUGUGUUUACAUUUGCACAUAUGUGAUAAUAUUGGUCUCAUAGAUUGAAGGAAUAGGUUCUGGAAAACACGAGGAGGGAAAUGUAAAUUAAAUGCACAGUGAUAUAUCAAAUAUGCAGUAACUACAAGCCACUGACUAUCAUAUAAGCCAUCAACUUAUCAGCUGCUCAGUAAUCGUGUCUGUUUGCUACAGGGUCUGAAGAUUUUGCACAGCUAUGUUUCCUACUGCUCAAGUUUUAAGAACAAUCAUAGUAUUUUACACAUUUGUACUCCAAAAGCUUAAUGAUGUUACAGACCCGGAGGAAAGUUUCUUUCUUUUUCUUUUUUUUACCUAGAACCUUUUUCAUUGGGUCUGUUUGCUUUACACAAGAUAUAAGUUUCAGGAGAAGUCACACGCUACAUUAUUCAUUCAUACUAUGGAUUGUGAUACUGAAUAUUUCAAACUGUGUUUAUCAUUAAAGUAUUAGAAUCGUCAUGUAUAGCUUAUUCUGUCAAAGCCUAAAUAAAGAGCAGAUGAAGCUGAUUGGAACUUCAGUCAGACACUGACA